AGAUUCCUUAGUCCAUCACCCAUUACAUUCAUCUUUUCCUCCCACUAUAAAUUCUUGCCUCAAGUUAAAAUUUGAUUAUCAAAAUCAAAGUUGGCUUCUUUGUAUUCAAGUAAAAACAAAUUAUAUUUUCAUCUUAUAAGCUCAUAAAAUGGAUUCAAACUAUGCUUCCUCAAACCAUGGCUCUUCACAAAGAUCACUAGCUAUGGUUUUGGCUUUAGUCUCAGCUGUUGUGUUAUCUCCUUUAUAUGUGAAUUCAAAGAGUGAUAGGAGAUAUUAUGAAUCAAAAUGGACUAGCUCUGGUUUUGUUCUACCUAUGAUUCUUUUUGGACUUAUAAUUGCAAUCAAAAGAACAUCUUCAUCAAGCUCCUCUUGUGUAUCAUCAUCAUCUACAAAAGGUUCGUUGCUACCAUCUCAUGAUCCUUCUUUGGUGCUUAGAAUUGGGAGCUCUUCUUGGGGAUUAGCUGCGGUUUUGGUUAUGCUCAUGCUUGUUCUUCAUUGGCAAGGCUCAGUUCAAGAAUUAUUGUGGAAAUAGAGAUACAUAGAUAUAACUAAGGUUUAUAAAUUACAUGUGGUCACGUUCUGAUACUUGAUAUUGUAGAGAAUCACAAUCAUAUAGAUCUGAUACGAUCUAAAUUGCAAUCGUAUUUUUGUCGUGGCCGUGACUCAAAUGCGCUGGCGGCCUUGUUUCAUAAAAACCAUGGGCAAUGAUAUUUGUUCAUCUCCUAGCUAUUAACUUUGUGUCACAUUAUGUAUUAUAUAGAUUUAUGUAAUAAUGAGAAGCUAAGAGUUAUGCUUAGUAGUAUUUUUGAAGUUC